AUGUCGGAGUGCCGCGCGCAGGCGGAGGGCUCGUCGUGCGAUUUGUUUGUCGCGCAGCCCCGAAAAAGUAUGGCGAUGUGGGAAAGCGACAAAUUUCAAGAGAACGAGAAUGCGGACAGUAUCGGUGAAAAUUUCGACAAUAUCCUUGUGACGCACGAUCUGCAGGACUGUCUGGACGAUACCCUGGAUUUAUCCAGCUUCGAGAAGGUCUAUGAGCAGAGCGUGGUAUUCGAUUAUGAGAAAUACUCCGACGACGAUGUUGCUAUCAACGAGAGACUACCUGCCGAUGACAACACGGCCGAGCAUAUCCAUCACACAGUCAGUGAAAUUUCAGAUGAAAUUUAUAUGCGGAUUCGACAAGAUGACGCAUUGCUUGAAGAUCAUGCAAUUUCUCAUGAAACUGUCAUGAUUGAAAGUAUAGACUCGGAUAUUAAUCAGAAACAUAUCAAUCGUUAUAAUUGUCAAUAUGAAGGCUGUACUCGAACAUAUAGUACUAUUGGAAAUUUGCGUACUCACAUGAAAACACACAAAGGCGAGUAUCGAUUUAAAUGCGCAGAGCCGAGUUGCGGCAAGGCCUUUCUCACGUCGUACAGUCUAAAGAUCCAUAUUAGGGUACACACAAAAGUAAAACCAUUUGAAUGCAAUCACAAAGGCUGCGAGAAAGCGUUCAAUACCCUUUACAGACUGAGAGCUCACCAAAGACUCCAUAGUGGCAACACAUUCAACUGCGAAGAGACUGGAUGCGUUAAAUUCUUCACUACUCUAAGCGAUCUCAAGAAACAUAUACGUACUCAUACUCAAGAAAGACCGUACAAAUGCAGAGAAAAAGGUUGUGGAAAAGCUUUUACAGCUUCACAUCAUUUAAAAACGCACAAGAGGACACAUACAGGUGAACGACCGUAUGUUUGUACCUUCGAAAAUUGUAAACGAUGUUUUACCACUCCUCAUAGCUUAAAGAGCCAUAUAAAAACUCAUAACAAAACUAUGAAUAAUAAUAUGAAACAUAAAGACAAUAGAAAGAGUAAUACGGCUGAGAAGCAAAGGAUGUUAACUCAAUUAGAAUUAAAACUUGUAAAAGUUAAUGCCAAUAACACUACGAUACCAUCGUAUACUGUCGUACCAAUAUCCACAAAUCUUGUGCAAAAUGAUGGAAAUAUGUCAUAUGUGCCUAUAAAAAAUGCAACAGAACAAGUAACGCAUACUAAUGUAAUAGAUGUUACGACUCAUCGCAAACUAGAUGCAAAACUCGGUUAUACUUCUACCAAAGACAAAGAAAAUCCAAAUAGAACUACCGAAACACUUCUUACAACAGAUAUUGUUUUAGAUAAUUUUAACGAACAUGCAGUUAAUGUUUUUAACAAUAAUGAGGACUAUAACGAAUUUAAAGUAUUUAAUCAAAUAACUGAGUCAAAUGUGCAACAUGAUAAUUUAAUGGAUGUAGUUGGACACCAAAAUCAUUUGCACAAAUCGACUUCGUUACCAGACAGUGACAGUAUAGACAGACAGGAUCAAUCUAUCCCGAUAAAUCUGGGGCAGAAGAUUAUGCAGGAUGGUUUGCAAAAUGCGAUAGCGCAUAUUUCCGAGGAGACAAAUUUCACAAAUAAUAUAAAACAGUAUAAAAAUGAAUCCAUCGCUCCUCCGGACGAUGUAUUUACGAACCGAUCAAAUCCAGAAGAUAUAACUGAUAGCAAUAAUACAUUAUAUAGUGCCAAUUGCAUUACUAGUCAUAUUACUGAUAUUAUAAGUUCCUCAAAUGAAACCCACCUUUUCGAGAGCGGAAUGAAUACUCUCCCGUUUAUUAACGAUAUAACUUUGCAAAAUGACUCUCUUAUCGCGGUUUCUAAUCACGAUUUACAUGCGGACGCUGUUACAAACACACAAUCCGAAGCCAUUGAACUUGCAAUAGCAACCGAAGAGGAAUUACCCUCAUCUUGGAUAGAUGUAAUGGCAUUAGCAACUGCACCUGCGUUAAGAACACAAUCUUGGUCGGAGCUAAAUGCCUUUCCUACAGUUCAUUCUCUGGUAGAUUUAAUAGGUCCAGAGCCUUAUCCUCUAGAAAUGCUAUCUACAGAAAAUUCGAAAAAUGUCAAUACGGUAAAUACAGAAAACACUCCGACAAACGUCGAAAUUGUGCAAUGCCAAAAAAUUGCCGAGUAUGAACAUAAAAUAGAUAAUGUAAAGAACAAAGAUAAAAAUAUUCUACAGGAAAUCACAGCGGAUGCUGAUAUAUGUAAAUGCAUUGAUUGUAAGUGCGAUAACUUGCAAAAUUGUCAAAAUUGCACGAAUAGCCCGAUCGCAGAAGUUACGAAAAAAGACACGGUACAAAUCGUAAAUGAUUUUAUGUCUUCCUUGCAAAAUAAAUGUUCCUGCAACGCCGAGUCUGGUGGUUGUGAUUCUUGCUGUGUUGUAAUCUGUCUAAAGACUCUACAGCAGCUACAAAAAAUAUUUAGCAAUUGUUGUAAGAAUACUAGCAAUACUACUACAAGUGCAUGUUGUAGGGAAAAGUUGUUACCAUCCUUGAUGAAAUGUCAAGUAGCCAGGAACCAAUGAUUCAUAAAUAUUCUUCGCUAAUUUUAACUAGUCAUGCAAAAGAAUAAUGUAUUUCCGUGCUAAUCCCCAAAAA